AUAUAGUAAGCGGGACAAAAUUGAACAUGGUAAGGUCAAAUUAUAUCAUAUGAGGUUUCACUUUUAUGUGAUUGAUAUUCACAUAUGUAAUUUGAAGUAAUAAAUAGUAGUUCAUGGUUAAAAUAAUGUCAAUUUAUUACUGAUCAAAUAUAAAACUCACAUACAAAUUAUUAUAUGAGCCUCUUGGACUUCCCAAGAGAUAUGAGUGGACAUGGACACUGAAUAACUAAAAUAGAGCUAAUGUGUCAAUGUUUUAGAAAUAAAAUAGAACAGGCUAGCAUGACCACCAAGGGCCUGUGAUGUACAAGUAGAAGGAUUGAGGUGAUAUGUAUUGUUAACAAGAUCAUGUCACUCAUGUCAUUGAUUUAUUAUACUGUUUUGCUAGAAUGUGGCAUACGGAUAUAAAAGAGUGUGUGAGUUGACUUAUCCUCACUUUUGUCAUCUUUGAGUCAGGUACCAACUGUUAAUGUUGACAGUGCUAUAUCAGGCAGUAAUAUGAAUGAAUAAAAUAGACAGGGAACAUGAUUAUGUUAUGAUUUUUGCAGAACAUCUAAAACCUUAAUUGUUGGUCAUAUGAUGUUGUGAUGGAAAAUUAAUAUUUCCUUUUAGUAUGAGAGCAAAGUCUUGAUUAGUGAUGAAAAUUAUUGGGUUAUCUAUAAUCACAUUGCCCCAGGGUAGAUGAUACAUCUAAGUUUAGCUUCAAGCGUUCAUGAGAGAAUCAAGUUAAUGAGUGAAGGAAAAUAAUGUUACUUAUUUAAUUUUGACAAAUUAUAUUUGUAUCUAAUUUAUGUGAAAUGUUAUAUGUUGUUAGAAUUCAAAAUAGCUUCACAUUGCUCCAGCUGCAUGAUGGGAGUUGUCACCAAACUGUAUGGUGCAAGGAAUUAUUGGCAGUGAAGUAAAUAUUUGAUGAGAAGCAACUGAAGGUAAAAUGUUAAUGGUUGCCAAGUUUGAUGAUACAGCAUCAAAGACUGACACAAGUUGAGAAUUUUUAACUAAAGUUCUUUGUUUGAAUAAUUUGAAGUAUAAAAUUGUCAAUGUCAUGGGACAAGUGCAACGAAUGUACUACUAACUGGUAAAAAGAUAAAUACACAAUAAAAUAUUGAUGUAUCAAUUUGCAUAGAACAAUUACAUGUCUUGAAAUGGAAGUGAUUUUAAUAGAACAAUUGAUAUCUUGGUAUAGCUAAACCAUGUUGGAAUACCUAGAGUCAACACUGUGAGCAUGUACAUGUUUAAAAAAAAGAUAUCAAUAUUCUUGAUAGAGUAUCUGAAUUUGAGUACCUAUCUCAUGGUCGUUCAUCGGGUUGCAUAGGUAUCAAUCUGUUCGAAGCUGUCAUCAUUAUUACCCCUAUAAAAUGCUUCAUAGAUGAGCACAGGUCUCUCUCCUCGAAAUUCAUAUAUAUAAUUAAUUCUAAAGAGACAGAUAAAUUACAUUUAUAAAAAAAAAAUUGUAAGGGUUGAUCCUUACCUAAAUUCGUGCGACUAAUCUAAACAUAGAAUGUUGUGGCGAACACAGUUAUUGCCUAAGAAUUGUGGUUACAGAAUAUACUGGCAGGAGUCUGCUCGCCUACGAGGCGGUGCCAGUCUGCUCGCCUAUGCGGCGGUGCGAGUCUGCACGCCUGCGAGGCGGUGCAAGUCUGCUCGCCUACGAGGCGGUGCCAGUCUGCUCGCCUAUGCGGCGGUGCGAGUCUGCUCGCCUACGAGGCGGUGCCAGUCUGCUCGCCUAUGCGGCGGUGCGAGUCUGCUCGCCUACGAGGCGGUGCAAGUCUGCUCGCCUAUGCGGCGGUGCGAGUCUGAUCGCCUACGAGGCGGUGCCAGUCUGCUCGCCUAUGCGGCGAUGCGAGUCUGCACGCCUGCGAGGCGGUGCAAGUCUGCUCGCCUAUGCGGCGGUGCGAGUCUGCUCGCCUACGAGGCGGUGUGAGUCUGCUCGCCUACGAGGCGGUGUGAAUCUGCACGCCUGCGAGGCGGUGCAAGUCUGCUCGCCUACGAGGCGGUGCAAGUCUGCUCGCCUACGAGGCGGUGCAAGUCUGCUCGCCUACGAGGCGGUGCAAGUCUGCUCGCCUACGAGGCGGUGUGAGUCUGCUCGCCUGCGAGGCAGUAAGCUAUCGGAUAUGCUGAGCUCCAAUCGGCUGCGACACAAGUCUGAUGGAACGACUUGGAAGGCGCAGAAGGUGCAGGAGUUCUGUGGUGCUGCUGCUGGUCUUCGUGGGCGAAGAAUUCUCAUCAGGGAGGCCGAGCUAAUAACCGAUUGUGGUGCUUGCUGUGUCAAGCCCUACGGUCGGUGUCGCGUCACUAGUUGGCGCGGGUGGAGCUGUCAGAGGAUCGUCCGCCAUCACCGCGUCGUGCUGUGAAUUGUCCCAAGCUACGCUCUGUUUUCUAAGUGUUAUGUAUUAAAACCUGUAUUUGAUGAUGUCUGGUGUUUUCCCCUUUA